CCUGGCGGGGGGGAUCUUGAAAACCACAGGGGCAGCGGAUGGCUGGGGCGAAGAUUGUCGCAGUAACGAAGGUUGGGGGAGUGGAUGGAAUGUAAUUAGAAUGCGGGUUGUGUUGAGGAAUUCCAAGCCUGCCUCAAAUGGGCGAGAAGGAAGGAGAAUUAGCGGGGACAAGAAAGCGGCGGGUCUGGAAGGAAGUUCGUUUUCCCAGUGGCGCUAAAAAAAAAAAGGAAGAGAGAGGGCCGGAGCUGAUGAUAUAUAGAUCGCUGGUCAACUCCUCGGAAGCGUCGUCAGAAGCUAGGUUCGAAGCGAUAAAAAAAGAACAACCGUUAGCUCUUCUUACGAACCAGGAUCAGAUCGACCAAAAGGAACAGAUGCACGUAAAACGACGAUCUAAGGCGCUUGAGGUGUGCUUUCAAAGGUCGGUCAGGGUUAACUGCUGUAAUCGACGUACAGUAGGGGCGCUAACUGAGCGGCAACGCUGCACGGGUCACAAGUGGAAAUUAAAUGGCCCCCCCCGGAGGAAAUUAGUCUUGAGACAACUGGGCGUUGAGUUCUCUUUUGGGCUUCUUGGCUUUUUGCUUUGUUUUUCUUUUGGCCUUUUCCCUUCUCUUCGGUGGCCUCCCUGAUGAGCCUGGGAGAUUUGUGGUAUGUGGUGGAGAGAGGGAGGAUGAAGAAAGAGAGGAGAGAGAGGAGAAGAGGAAAAGAGGAGUAGAUGAAUAAAUUGUAGAGUCAGUCCCAAGAAGGGAAUUAAUGGUGAGGCUGCGGGAAGUCACGCCGGUCACCACAUACACCUUAAAAGGCCUGAGGGUACCGGGUGUGGCCUGAGGUAUGAGCUGGAAGAGUAUGUUGGAUAGGAGAAAUGAGGACGACGACUGGGGUCAGGAUAAGAACACAAAGGGGAAUCGGAACCACAGAGAAAAAAGA